ACGCUGAACUCCUCGGUUCUUCACAUCACGUCUUUAUAACGGCGUUCAGGAGGUGUUUGUUCGGGGCAGACCUGCAGCUUAUCUCUCUGGUAUUUGGAAGAAUUUGUAACAAGGCGGAACAUCUACACAGACCUGGCAGAGCUUUUAAAACACAAAGUAGACGAGCUGGAGGAGAGUGCAGCUAAAGGAAAAGUAAAGUUUUUCUUAGUGUGAUCCAGUAAAUAAACCUUGUGAUGUUAAACACUCAAAGAAUGAUGACAACGCCACAGUAGGAGGAGAAUCUGAAAUCAAGCCUGUACAGUCUGCAACCAAGGAGAAAGGUUUAGAUAUGGAUGCGAGUGGAAACAUGGAGAAGCAGUCAGAGGAGACUUCUGAAGAGAUCAACAGGAAGAAACAAUAUCAAAGAGAAACUGAAACACUGCUUGGCAGACUUCACCUUCAGGACAAACAUCAACAGAAGUUUUCACCGGCAGAACUUUUAAAAAUAUAUCCACCUGUGAAUCAGGACCAAGAAACAUCUGAGAAAGAUCUCGCUCAUGCUUUUCUCCAGAGAUUGAUGAUGUUAGACUACAGAGCAAGAUAUAUUCCUGUAAGACAAGAUAGUGCUGAGCUGAGCCAGUCAAAGCCUGUUCCAGAGUUAGACACUGCUGAGACAGACGACGAUGACUUAGAUGUCCUUUUCAGCACCAGAAAAGACAAAUCAAAACUCAAGGCUCAUGUGCAUCCAAUGGAUGUUCAAAUGGCAGUAUUUCACUGCUCAGACAGCUUUUUAAAACAGAACAUGAUUACAAAGCUAUCACAAUGUCAGUACGCCUUACCUUUGCUUGUUCCUGACCUAGUCACAAUGGAUAUUGACUGUCCUCUGUGGACAUUCAGACAAAUAACCAAAACAUGGAAGAUAUCUGAAAUCCAAGAUAAUUCAAACAUUGUCACCAAGAGUAUGCCCAUCUGCAAAGCUGAGACACCUAUGGUGUCAUUUCUCCGCCUGGGUUCACUAUCUCUGUCUAAAUCUCAGCUGCUGAACACUUUGAUCAACGACCGUCACAGCACCUUCUUCCACAGAAACUGUCCAGGUAGCACCAAGUCUCGCCAUUUGAUGGAUGGUGUGGCAGAGAUUGCCUGGUACUGCCCUGCUGGAAAACCAAACGAUGCCUUCACUGACUGUAUUGCCUUCUGUAAUCUUCAUGGUGAUGCUUUGUCAAUUGAAAAACAGCGUGACAUACUGACGGAAAAAUCUUCAGUCAAUGUUGUUUUUGCACCAACUAUGGAAAAAGGUGGCAAAAGUACUGCAGUUAUCUCGGCCCUCUACAAGUCUCCGAAGCCUCUCAUUAUUCUCAUUGCUGAUAAUGAUAGUGGUGCGGUUAAGAUGAAAGAUGGAAAAUACAAAAUGGGUCUAAAGGACAGAACCCAGUCAGAGGUUUCUGUAGAACUGAAAGAAAUCAUUGAAACUAUUUUGUCUGGACCACAUGAAUCCUUCCAGCUUGAAACCAUGGCUAAGGUCUCUGGAAUCAGAGUGGAUGAAGAUGACAAAGUCUGCCAAAAAGGAAAAUCUGCUGCUAUGAAAAUAGUGAAGUUGCUUCAGACAAAGGACGUUUCGACGAUCAAAGACACAUUUCUGCCUUGUCAUGGCCAACUGUGGCAUGAGUGGUGCAGAAUAAACAAAGAACUGAAUCACCUCAACGGAGAGAUUGAGAAAUCCCAAAAGGAAAAGAAAUUAGAGCAAAUACGGAAAGAUCAAUGCACUGCUUCUAGUGAACUGAUGAAGUUGUUCAUUGAAAGCCUCUCAUCUUUGCCAUCAACAGACAAAGAGUAUUUCCUCAAAUGGUGUCAGAUCUUAAUAGAUGCCCUCUCCACGGACGAUCUUUCUUCAAUUCUCCAAAGUUAUGAUAAAGUGUGGUCUGAGGUCUUGGCUUUGAAGAAGAAGCAUGACAAAUCUGAUCAGCUGAAAAUUAAACAAAAAGAGCUUGAUCGAAUAUCAGCAAAACUACAGUCGGCUACUUUUGGCUUGGAGCACAUGUUUAGAGAAAUGGGACAGAUCUAUGAAGCCCAUGCAUCUCUGCAGAAACAAGCAAAGAUGACUGAGAAGACUGACUGGUCUACAUAUCCUAAACUGGCUGCAGAGCUGAUGAUAUCAGGACACCCAAUGGAGCUAUUGGAUGGGGAUGCAGGUCAUGUGCCUUUAACGUGGAUCUCUAGUCUUCUAGAUGAAGUCAUCAAGAAACUGGGCGACAAGAAAGUUUUUGUUUUGUCAGUUUUAGGUAUACAGAGCAGUGGAAAAUCAACCAUGCUAAAUGCCAUGUUUGGGUUAAAGUUUGCAGUGAGUGCUGGCAGGUGCACCAGGGGGGCCUUCAUGCAGCUGGUCAAAGUGUCAGAGGAGAUCCAGAAAGACUUUCAGUUUGACUACAUUCUAGUGGUGGACACUGAAGGACUGCGUGCUCUUGAGUUGGAAGGUAACGCCACUCUUCACCACGACAAUGAACUGGCAACAUUUGUUGUUGGUCUGGGAAACAUGACACUGAUAAACAUCUUUGGAGAGAAUCCAGCUGAGAUGCAAGAUGUUCUGCAGAUUGUUGUUCAGGCUUUCAUGAGAAUGAAGAAAGUUAAACUUUCUCCAAGUUGCGUGUUCGUUCACCAGAAUGUUACAGAUAUUGCAGCUGCAGAGAAAAACAUGGAUGGAAAGAGACGGCUGCAAGACAAACUCGACCAGAUGGCCCAACUAGCAGCCAAAGAGGAGGUUUGUGAAGCUCAGUGCUUCAGUGACGUCAUUGCUUUUGAUGUGAAGAAAGAUGUGAAAUACUUUGCCCAACUAUGGGAGGGAAGUCCACCUAUGGCUCCUCCAAAUCCAGGUUAUAGUGAGAGCGUCCAAGAGCUGAAGAACUUUAUCCUCUCUAAAGCUUCACAGUCUGCUGGGAUCACUCUGUCACAGUUCAGGAGCACAAUUUGUGACCUGUGGACAGCUCUGAUGAACGAAAACUUUGUUUUCAGUUUCAAAAACACACGUGAAAUUGCAGUGUACAGAAAACUUGAGGUCCAGUAUGGGAACUGGACCUGGGACCUGAGGAACAACAUGUUGGCCAUUGAGAAUGGGCUUUAUAAAGAGAUAAAAAGUGGAAAACGUGACAAGGUUGAGCUAAGUUUUCUUCACAAGGAAAUUAACAAAACCUUUGGAGAAAUCGAAAAAGCAAUGACAACACACUUUGAUGAUAACAGUGACAAAGAAAUGUUGGUUCAGUGGCGAGGACGAUUUGAAAACAAAAUCAAGGAGUUCCUUGAUGAACAUGUGAAAGGAGUUAAAAGGAAAUUGGAUGAAGUCAUUGAGCAGAAGAUUGCUUGUAAAAAGCUUGAUGAUAAGAAGAUAGAGUUUGAGAAGAAGCUGCUACAAAAGAGCAAAGAGCUCGCUCAUCAGUUAAAAGACAAGGCAAAAGAUGAAGAGGAACUUGAAAAGCAGUUCAACUCGGUCUGGAGGGUCUGGGUUAGGGAACUAACUGCAAAUACAAAACCUAUUGAGGACAUCAAUUUGGAAGAAGAUGCAUUUAGAAUCCUUCAGGAGCUUGGUAUUGAACCGUCUCUCAUAGAUCAAUCCAGAAGAAUUGGCAAGUACAAAAAACUCUCAGAAGUUGGCAAUUAUGCUCAUUAUGUAUCUCUCACAAAGCACCAACAUCAACCAGGCCAAGAACUUCAAGAUAAGGAGAGGGAAAGGGACAGUGGGGGACUAAAAAGAUGUGUUGAUUAUAUGUCAGAAAAAAUACCUAAAGUCGGAAAUUUCGUUAAAGGGUAUUUUCUGCCUGAAGAGCAGCAACAUAUCAGAUCCCUCAUUAAAGAUGUUGAAAAACAGUCCCUUGAUAAAACCAAGAGCAAACCUGUAGCUUCAGAAGGCUACAGAUCCACUUACUUGCAAGAAGUGGCCAAACAUGUAAAAGAAAGGGUAAUAGAUUUUGAAUCAAAGAAGAAAUAUGCUCUAAAGAAAGAGUUUACAGUUGAUCUCUUACUGUAUGUAUUUGACAGCGCAGGGACUUGGCUUUCAGAGUCCUACAAGACAUUCAAAAAGAACAACAACGCACUCACUUAUGUAGAAAGCAAGAAAACGCAGUAUUACAACGUUUUCAGAAGCUUCUGCAAAGGAAACUCAUCUGCUGUCGUGCUUGGAGAACUGAUCUGUGAGAAACUGAAGAGUUCCAUUGUUGAGGCCGUCUGUAACGAGACUGCCAUUGAUCUCGCUGGAAAGAUAAGGGGCAGUUUCCCAGCAUUCAAGGAGAACAGGCUGAACUUGGAGAAACACGUAUUGAAGGGGCUCGCAGAGAAAGAGGUCUUUAGUGAUUUUAUCACCUACAUCCUAAACCCAAGGACACAAGUAGAGACUUUUAUAAGAGAGAAAGUACAUAAGUACAUCUUCACAGAAAACAAAGAUGAAGUACAGAAAGUACUCAAGAAAAAUGUUGAAGACAUCAAUAAGCUUGUGAGUCAAGCUUUAUUUACUGCAACAGAGAAAGUAAAAAAGAUGGAAGGAAAAAAGGGAGUUGCAGACAAGUGGAUGGAGGAAUUUUCCAGUUUGCUAGAAAAGGAGCUGACCUUCGACACAAUUUGUUGUGAAAACUUCAGUGACAUAAACAAUUUUGACUUUCUUAAGGAAGAGACAGAGAAAGGCCUUAAACCCAUCAUAGAGGAGAUGAACAGUCUCUCACUGCAUGAGAUGGAGGAAUUCAGGAUGCAGCCUGACCAAAUCCUCAUCGAUCAGCUGUGUCACUGCUGCUGGGUAAAGUGUCCUUUCUGUGCAGCUGUUUGUAUCAACACAAUUGAAAAUCACAGUCCUGACAAACACACUGUCCCUUUCCAUCGCCCGUCUGGGAUUAUCGGAUGGCACACUAAAGGCACAAAGGACCUGGUCAGCGAUUUCUGCACAACAUUAGUUGCAAGUGAUCGAAGAUUCCUCCGUGAUGGUUCAGAUACGAGUUAUCCUUACAAACAGUAUCACACUGCUGGGGAGAAGUAUUCUUCAUGGCAGAUUACUCCUGAUGCGUCUAAACUGACAUACUGGAAAUGGUUUGUAUGCAGAUUUCAGAAGCAACUGGAAGACCACUAUGAAUAUAAAUUCCAGGGCGGAGGAACAAUCCCCAGUGACUGGAGAGACCACAGUAAAGAAAAAGCCAUUGAAAGUCUGGAUGAAUUGUACAGAUGAGCCAGAAACAACCAAGCUCUAUCGAAAGAAAUACGAGUUUUUGGUUUGAUUGAAGGAGUGGAACAAUAGCAAUAUUGAGGAUAACUGAUGGGAAAAUACAGGAACCACCAAGUGUUAAACACAGCAGGGGACAGGAGGUGAACUAUUCAAUCAAAGAACAGUCCUCAGUCGAUUGAUUAGCAUGUCUGGUACCCGAUCUGAAUUGGUUCGUUCCUUUGAUCUCUGCAUAUAAAUACUGGGACUGGGAGAGUUGCUUUUCUGAGCAACACAUGGUAGCAUUACAACCUGUGUGUGUGAGUUUGAUCAACCUUUGUAUGUACGAACUCAGCUCCUUCUUGCAAGAAUAUAGAUUAAACCCUUUUAUUUGAUUUGGAUCCUGACUUUGUGGUGUUAUUAAGAAUAUUCUUCUAACAAUAACGCUUUUCCAAAAUGACUGAAUGCCUGUUAUAAUUUAAACAAUAUGCAUUUUAAUAAUGUUAUAUAUACAGAGUGAGUUGAAGCAUAACAUAAAGUAGAGAUGGCCUGAAGCAAAGUAGAACACAUGUGUAAUAACAAAUGACGUGUUUGUUAGCCAUUAAAGGAUCAUUGUAAAAAGGAUCAGAGAGAUCAGAAUUAGUCUUCGGUUUUUGUCUCAUUAAAAAUAUGUUUUUUCUUAUUUUACAAGAUGAUAAAGAUGCAUUAAAUUUGUUUGUGAAAAUUCCCGUGAAUUUAACGGGAAAAUGAUUCAAGGAAGAAAUAAAGGAGUUUCUAAGUUGUCAGAUAUUAUGGACAUAUUUACAUUCCUCUAAAAACAUGUAAGAUAUGAUUUUGUUUUUGUUCACCUUUUUACUCUUAUGUGGAAAUCUCAUCAAACACACAAGAAACUUCUAAAUUGUAUGCUUUUCUUAAAUGAAUGUUCAGUGUGUGAAAUUAGUUAAGAGAUAUUUUUAUUCAUUCAAAGACGUGUAUUCUCUUUAAUGCAAGAUGCAUGACAUUUUCUUCUUACAGUUGUUUAAAGUUUAAAAAUCAAAGAAAGGUGUAGGAUGUUGAGACUUGUUGUCAGACGUGUAUAUCAUUUUAUUCAUUCAAAUAAGAAAUGGCAGCCAUGAUUGGUUGUAAUUUUUGUUUUUACCUUUUUUCUAUGAUACAGAGCUCAUAAAAGGCUUCAUAACAUGCAACACAAGUUUUCUUUUUGUAAAAUGUUUUUCGACUUUAUGUAACAUGACUAACAGAUAAUAUGAGUCACAAGGUGCAUGUUCGGAGAUUGAAUUACUCAAGUGUUGUUGAUUAUGAAAAUACAUGAGACUUGUAUUUGAGACUUGUUGAUUUCCACAAAAAGGGAAACAGUUGUGAGGAGUUAACACAUUAUGAAAGAACAAAUUGAUUGAUUUUAAAUGUUGUUAAUCUUUAAGAUAUCUUUUGUCCAACUCAUUUUAUAGAAACAUUUAUCUUCAUAUUUUAUAUUUCCUUAAAAUUAUAUGUUUUUUUUUAUUUGAUGAAUGAUCAUCUUUCUCAAGUAUUUGAUGUAUUAAUAUAAUAUUAAUGUAAUGUAAUUUUACACUUUUUACAUUUAUUUUUUAUGCCUAUAUUGGAAUUUAUUUUGUUUGUUGGUUAAUUUCACUCCUGUCAUUGCUUCAGGGUGUUGAUAUCCAUAAUAUACAGAAAUAUCAGCCUUUGUGGAAAGAAGAAACUGGAUAUUUUCUUUUACUGUAAUAAAUGGAGCAUGGAAAUGGUC